AUGGGCCUCCCUGCCCAGGAGCAGCAGCGUGAGCCUGAGCCCGCCCUGCCGCUCGUCCGCCUGAACCACGUCGCCUUCUCGUGCGCGUCCGUCGAGGACUCCAUCGACUUCUACCGACGCGUGCUCGGCUUCCAGCUGAUCCAGCGCCCGGCGUCCCUGGACUUCGGGGGAGCAUGGAUGCAUAGAGACGGCAUGGGCAUACAUCUGCUGCAGCGGAGGGCCGGCUGCGAUGCGCCUCCGAGGUCGCCGGCGAUCAACCCCAAGGGCAACCACAUAUCGUUUCAGUGCACGGACAUGGCGCUGACGAAGGCGAGGCUGCGUGGCAUGAAUCUGGAUGUGGUCACCACGAGGGUGUGGGACGGCGAGACGACGGUGGAGCAGCUCUUCUUCCACGACCCCGACGGGAACGUGAUCGAGAUCUGCAACUGCGAAGACCUUCCUGUGGUGCCCCUUGCUCCGCCUGCUUGCCUUGCCAAGCAGACGGUGCAGAUGAACGUGCAUCUCUAG